ACUCGAGAUGCUGGAAUCUGAGCUUUCCUAUCAUAACAGGCUCAAUGUAUAGUUCCAGCUCCCCUUUGACACCAUGCGACCGCCUCGUAUCCAUCCCUUGCCGGCGGUACAGUGCGGACGCCACCCUGCUGCUCGUGGGAUUCGUCGGCGCCGGGAAGAAAACCCUAGGCAUCAUUGCAUCGGUCGCGCUGCGUCGCAGGUUCAUUGAUUUUGAUGCUGUAUUUCGCCAGGAGGUGCAACUUUCUCCUCAGGAGUACAUUGCGCAACACGGUCCUGCGCGAUACCGAGAGCUGGAGCUCAAAUUGACUCGAACAUUGCUAGAGAAAUGCUCUACAGGAUGUGUAAUAACCAUCACUGGUGUGGGAUGGUCAGCGAAUCGCCAACAGCAGGUGCUUCUAAAGGAUUUUGCACAAAAUCAUCCUGUGGUGUAUGUCAGACGCGACAGGGCGGAUCUUCAGCGGUUCAUCAUGACCACCAGCCCAGACAAGUUCAACCGAAUCUUUCAAGCAGGCAAUGAGUUUUUCCAGUCAUGCUCCAGUUUCGACUUCUUCAAUCACACACAAGAGAAGGUGACUGAUUACGCUGGUCGCCCCCUCCCGGCGUAUAUCAAACUCAAGGAGGCUGAGCGAGUGUUCCUGAGGUUUUUGCAUCAAAUCUUCGGGCGCACUUUUCAUGUGCUCUACUCUUCGGACCCGUUCUCACCGUCUCAUACAUAUGCGCUGCAGGUGCCGUUGACCUGGUUGGAAGGCAGUCCGGACUUGGGACUAUUGGAGAGUGGUACUGACGCGGUUAACCUUGUGAUUGACGGGGUUGCAGUCGAUUUCGAUAGUGGUCCAUUUAUGGAAAGGAUUGCUAAGCAUAUGGCGACAAUCCGUAAACAUACCCGGGUUCCAAUCUCCAUUGAGGUUCCUCAGCAGUUAAGUCCUAGAUGCUGCGAGCUCUUGGAGAUGUUUUUUCGACUGGCGCCCGAUGUUGUGGCGUGUCCUGUUGACAGCCCCGAUUUGAGCCGAUUAAAGCUGGCCAAAGGCCACACAAAGAUCAUUGCCACCUGUCAGUCAAGCUCUAUGACGGGAAACCAGAGCAUAUUUUCUGAAGUUCGCUCUCUGCUGGAAAAGACAGAUGAGCUUGGCUUUGACGCUUUUCGCAUUACUGCCGAGCCCAGCUUCCCUGGCGAUCUCACUAACCUGACUUUACGACAACGGCUGGGUGAGAUAACCGACAUUCCCAUAACCGCAUACCAUACUGGGCCACUCGGCCGAGCAUCUAUAUGUCUAAACCCUGUUCUCUCACCAGUGAUACUCCCAUAUUUACCAGAACGUGACAUAGGAGUUACACUCGCAUCAGCCCAGCAAGCACUUACAUCCUGCUACCUACUCCCAAAACAAACAUUCACCGUAUUUGGCCAAAGAGUCCAAAACAGUCUAUCACCAGCAAUGCACAACGCGGCCUACAAUGCCUGCGGCCUACCACACAAUUACGACUUAUUAUGCAGCGAUCGAUUCUCCGACAUUUACAAGCUCCUGAACAGUACCGAACACGGCGGGGUGGCCGUGACACUACCGUACAAAACAGACGUCCUCAAAUUACUGGAUGAAGUCAGUCCAGAUGCCCAGGACAUCCACGCCGUAAACACAGUGGUCAUUCAGCGCAUUCAGCGGACCAACCAUCCGUCUUCUAAGAUCUUAAAGGGAUAUAAUACGGAUUACCUCGGGAUCCGCGACUGCAUCAACAAACAUCUCUCUCCCGCCAACGCCAUCCGACAUGGCACAACUGCCUUGAUAAUAGGCGCAGGUGGUAUGGCCCGCGCAGCUAUCUACGCAUGCUACCAGCUGGGCGUUCGUCAGAUCUGCAUCUAUAAUCGGACUAUUUUCAAUGCGCAGAAACUAGCCGAGUACUAUACUCGUUGGGCUGAGAAGAAGGACACCCGUUUGCAGAUAGAGGUUCUGCGGUCAGGCAAUGACCCCUGGCCGGCGGGGUUCCGUCAACCGACGAUCAUCGUGGCGUGCUUGCCUGCGCCAGCCGGUGGACAGUUACGGGCUCCUAUUACGAUGGAGAUACCGGGGCAGUGGUUGAGGAGUACGACCGGAGGUGUUUUUAUCGAUGUCGCAUAUGGAAUGCCACAAACGAAGCUGAGAAUGGCUAUGAAUGAACGAUCGAGUAUGGGCUGGGUCGUGGUUGAUGGGCUGGUGGUGUUGUUGGAGCAGGGCAUUGCGCAGUAUGAGCUGUUUACGGGAAGACCGGCGCCGGUGCAUGUUAUGAGGGGGGUGUUGAGGGAGUACACUAAUGCUGUUACCUAACAGGUACUGUGUGUAUCUUGCUUGUUUAUAUGGUUCCUGUAGGUUCCUUUUACUUUUUAGCGACACUCCAGUUGAUUUCAAUGCGC